AUGGCGGAUCAGCAGCAAUUUUUUCUAAAAUGGAACGAUUUUCAAAGUAAUAUGGUGUCGUCUUUUCGACACCUUAGAGAUGAAAAAAGUUUUACAGAUGUAACGUUAGCCUGUGAGGGACAAACUUGCAAAGCUCACAAAAUGGUAUUGUCUGCCUGUAGUCCUUAUUUUAAAAGUCUAUUAGAGGAGAAUCCUUCGAAACACCCUAUAAUUAUUCUCAAAGAUGUCGCCUACAGCCACUUGCAAGCAAUUUUAGAAUUUAUGUAUGCAGGAGAGGUGAACGUAAGUCAAGAACAGUUGCCUGCUUUCUUAAAAACAGCUGACAGACUCAAAGUUAAAGGAUUGGCAGAAGCUCCUCAGGCAAUUAAUAGGGAAUAG